GUAUUUAAUUUGAAUGCAAAUCCAAAAUCAUUAAAAAAGAUAAAUCUGGAUCUGAAUCGGAUCUGAUCCCAACAUGUACAUAACUACAUACCUAUCUCUAUCGGAGGAGUACACUCCUUCGUCGACAUAUGGAGUUUUAUUUUUAUCAAAACAAAAUCGGUCAAUUGAUACAUUAAUUAAUAUUUUAUUUACCAAAUCUUGAAGAUUCUUCUUCGUGUAAACCAAGUCAGUAAUCAUUCAUUGAUAAAUCGGUAACCAUUAUCUGAUCAUUCAGCUAUCCAAUCAAUUUAAGGCAAGAUUGAGCCGAUUUCUUGACUGCGAUCAAUGUGAGCCUGAGGGAAUUUCAUAUCUGAUUUUCCAUCAAAAUUCUAUACAUUUAGUUAUGGCUGCUUCUGAUGAUAUGGGUUCUGCAAUUACAAGGAUUGAAGAUGGGGAUUCAUCUAAAUCUGAUGAUGAAAAGGGGAAUAAUCUGAUACCCACUUCCCAAUUUUUAUGCGGGCAAGAGUUAAAGUUGGGUAUUGUCAAUCAAUAUGGGCAAUUGAUGGGUGAAUAUAGUAGACUGGAUGAUGACUUAUGGCUUUCUAAUUCUCUUGAUGAUGAACCAGUAGAGAGGACCAAUGAAGAGCUCCAAUGGGGUCUUUUACCUUCUUGGGAAAAUAGAGUUGAAUUGGCGGAUCGUCUUCACAAGUCUGUCUGUGAUGGAAGCAUGGUGUCAGUUGAAGGAAAAUCUUCCUUUCUCAAGGAUAAUUCUUACAACCAACAUCAAGGUUCAAGCCCAGUUUCAGUGCUUCGGACUAGGAUGUCUGACAUUGAUGUCAAGACUAGAAUGCAUCCUCAAAGCCAACACCAUCAACCCAUGAAGCACAAUUCUUUGGGAACCCUUCAGAGUUUAGGCAUCAGACUGUCUAGAGGGCAAAUUCAGACAUUCCAAUCAGAAUCAGAAAAUUUAAUGAAGUCCUCUGUAGUCGAUGAAAGUGAUAAUUCUAUUUCAGCCAAGGAGAUACGGACUAGGACAAUUAGUGAUUUACUUGAAUUGGAUUAUGAACCAGCAGCCAAGAAAUGCUUGCAUUGCAAAACAACACAGACCCCUCAGUGGAGGACAGGACCCAUGGGACGGAAAACCCUUUGCAAUGCAUGUGGAGUUCAGUAUAAACAUGGUAGGCUUUUUCCUAAUUACCGUCCUUUACGGAGUCCAACAUUUGAUCCUUCUUUACACACCUAUUUGCCAAAGAGAGUUCAGGAUAUGAGGAGUAACCCAACUAAAAGAUGUCCAAUCCCUAUUCCUAAACCCAAGAAAGUUGAGAAGACUCCAAAAUUUGGUCUUUCACAUUCCACCUUAGACAAGAAAAUUCAGGAGAUGAUAUUGGGGAAGACGCUCGAGAGGUGUCCAAUUUCAACUCAUAAACCCAACGAAGUUGAAGAGACAAGUUCAGAAUUUGAUCCUUCUUUGGGUUUCAAUUUGGACAAUGAACCCCAGGAGAUGAUAUUGUUUGAUAAAAUUGGAAGGCAUCCGUAUCCUACUCCUAAACCCAAUGAAAUUGAGGAGAGGGUUCCAGAUCUUAAUGUUUCUUUGAACUCUUCCUGUGCAGAAACUCUAGAGAUGAGGAUAGAUAAUAUUAGUGGCAGGCAACAAAGACUUACUUUUGAAUCUGAAAGAGUCGAGGAGAUGAGGUUGGAUAACAAUAAUGAGAAGGACCAGAACCGUGCUCAGAGAGCCAAGAAGUUCGAGGAUAUGAGGCUGGAUAACAAUAAUGAGAAGUACCAGAACCGUGCUCAGAGAGCCAAGAAAUUUGAGGAGAUGAGAGAAAGUAAUCAUAACUUUGAUUCUAAUUCAAAUCUCAAACGGAAACGUCAAUCAAAAGCUGUCAAGAUGUGCUUACAUUGUGAAUCAACGAGGACCCCGCAAUGGAGGCCAGGACCGAUGGGACGAAAUACACUUUGCAAUGCAUGUGGCGUACAAUUUAGAAAUGGUAGGCUAUUUCCUGAGUAUCGUCCUCUAAAUAGUCCAACUUAUGAUCCUCUGUUGCAUUCCCAUUUGCCGAAACAAGUCGAGAAGAUGAGAAUGAGUAAGGUUACGACCUGUACAAUUCCCUAUCAGGAGUAGCUGCCAUCAAUUAUUCCAUGAAGCACGACCUUCCCUUUCAGCUUGAGAAGGGAAGUUACGUAUGUUCCCCGUAAUUUUUUGUUAUCUUUACCUCUCACUGUGCUCCCACUCCUACAACUUUAAUCUUCAUUUUUGAAUUUAUGCAUUACAAAAAGAUAGGAAUAGCUAUUAGCUACUAGAGCUAACUUAAGUUUCUGGUUGAGCCGGGAGCUUAUGAGGGUAGAAAAAGAGCAAAAAAGCUCAUGUCAUUUCAUAGUAUGUGUACCUUGAAACUACAAGUUUCAAUUUGGAUCUUUUGGUUAUGCAGUGCACUGCUGAGGUGCCUUUACAAUUGUCAUAUAAUUAUUUCUUAUUUUGUAUUCAAGAGUUUUUUGUAUCAGAUGUUCUAGAAUCGAAUAACAAUGCGUCUACCUUUUUUA